GCAUGGCAUGCUAUGAUGUGGAAAAGAGUAGAGAAUUACAGUUUCUCCAAUUAUUUUGCGUCCAUAAAUGUGUCUUGGACAUGGUCGAGUGACAAGAAGCGUACCCUCAAUCAUAUCUCCAUUGAAGCUGUUACAGGCACAUCCAUGGUUCCUUCAAAGCCACAUGCAGCUCUUUUGGCAAGCCCUGGCAUGGGCCACCUCAUACCCACGGUGGAGCUCGGGAAGCGCCUUCUCACUCAUCACGGCUUCGACGUCACCAUCUUCGUCGUGACUACCAUUUCCUCAACCACAACCUCACUAAUACUCCAACAAACAUCAAACCUCACCGCCCUCAACAUCGUUGUAUUGCCUCCUAUUGAUCUAUCCACAAAAGUUGGACUUGAUCCUUCAGUAGGAACUCAGAUUGUACUUACAAUACUGGAGUCCAUUCCAUUACUGCGCUCUUCAUUCCUCUCCAUGAAGCUUCCACCUUCAGCUCUUAUAGUGGACCUCUUCGGCACAGUAGCUAUUCCCCUUGCACGUGAGCUCGGCAUGUCAACCUAUAUCUUCUUAGCCACCAGUGCUUGGUUCUCUGCAGUUACCAUCUACCUUCCAUUCAUAGACAAGGAGAUGGAAGAAAGGCACACUAACAACCAUGAACCGCUUUUCAUUCCUGGUUGUGAACCAAUUCGGUUCGAGGACACGCUCGAACCGUUCUUAUCACCGGGUGGGCCCAUGUACCAGAUGGGUUACCUACCAGCAGCAAGGGAGGUAGUGUCGGCGGAUGGUAUUCUGAUGAACACGUGGCAAGAUCUAGAGCCUGUAGCCACGAACGCAAUGAUGACACAUGAGAUCUUAGGACGAUUUAGCAAUGGACCGGUGUAUCCGGUUGGACCGCUGGUGAGAACUGUUGAGUCGAAACCGAGGCAUGGGGAAGAUCAAGAUGAGAUUUUGCGUUGGCUUGACAAGCAACCGGCUGGGUCGGUGAUUUAUGUGUCGUUUGGGAGCGGUGGGACCAUGCCACAGGGUCAGAUGACAGAAAUCGCUUUGGGACUAGAGUUGAGUCAGCAGCGAUUUGUUUGGGUUGUGCGUCCGCCGAACGAGGCCGACGCGAGUGCCACGUUUUUUGGAUUCGGGAAUGAAAUGGCGUUGAAUUACUUGCCGGAGGGGUUUAUGAAGAGGACACGUGAGUUUGGUGUGGUGGUCCCUAUGUGGGCCCCACAGGCUGAGAUCUUGGGGCAUCCUGCCACAGGUGGUUUUGUGACGCAUUGUGGUUGGAAUUCUGUGUUGGAGAGUGUCCUGAACGGUGUGCCAAUGGUGGCGUGGCCGUUGUACUCAGAGCAGAAAAUGAACGCUUACAUGUUGUCGGAGGAGCUUGGAGUGGCGGUGCGAGUGAAGGUGGCAGAGGGUGGAGUUGUGUGUAGGGAUCAGGUAGUGGACAUGGUUAGAAGAGUGAUGGUGAGUGAAGAAGGAAUGGGCAUGAAGGAUAGAGUUAGAGAGUUGAAAUUGAGUGGGGACAAAGCUUUGUCAGAGUUUGGGUCCUCCCACGAGUGGCUUAGUCAAAUGACCAAAGACUUCGAACUUCAUCUCAAACCUUCAACGGCAAAAGCUCGUGGUGCUUAAUUAGGUAUUCAUACAAAAUCACAGAGUUUCGCACUUGAAUAUUUCUUUCUAGCUAAAUCUUUAUAAACCUCCAUCUUUCUUCUCAUGCUUGAAUGUUAUCUAUGUUUGGGGUUUAAUCCGCUACAAUCUUAUAUCUCUUAUUUCAUAGAAUAAAUAAAAGUAAUUAUUCAUAAA